CGACUGGCGAGCAGUGCAAACAACCAGGCACCGAACAAUAAAGAUUUGAACAGACAAGCCCCACUGAGGUUAACUUGGGCUCUGGAAUUCUCAACACCAAAAUUCUUUUCCGCAUACACUACGCAGCACAUCACGUCACAGCAAAUUCUUUCACGAAUCAUCCAAAAUGCCUUCCAAGAUCAACAUCGUUCUCGACUCUUCAGAGAUCGACCCGCUAGAUCCUGCUGCUCGCCGCUUCUUCAUGGAGGCCUGCUUUCGGAGCCUCGUCAUUCCCCGCGACGUGCUACAGCAGGCUCGUACCAAGGGCAUAGAGCUUCAGAGCAAGCAUCUUGCUGGGCAGGGGCUCCGUGAUGUUAGCGAGGUGUACUUUGAGUACCACGUUGAUGUCACCAUCUGGAAGCUCAUCUUCAACCGCCUCAAGAUGGCCAAGAACAACCCCUGGCCUUGGAAUGUGAUCAUUGACGAGAACGAUUUGUCGCAAGGCACCUUGGAGAGACUCGAGAGCAGCAGCGCACCCCAAUCCCAGGCUCCCCAGCUCUCGCAGCACCAAGCUCCUGUUCCCUCAUCGACCGUACCUCAAUCCCUUGCUGAGGCUGAGCGGAUGGCCAAAGAAGCACGCGAAAGAGUUAACAAAGGCGAACUUGAGGCCUUUCGCCUUGAACGCAUCGCUAGACAGUGGCGUGUCGACGAUGAGGCAUCCGGCGCAAAAUGCCGCCUUGGAGGAUUCGCAGAUCCUCAUGCUCCCCCCCUUCGUCUCUUCAGCAGAACUCAGCCACUUGAGGCCCAAGAGUUCAUGAGCCCCGAAGAGGUAGGCAGAGCUGCUGCUCAAUUCUUGAAGACGAACAAGGGUUACAUGGUGAAGUACCGCUUCAAGCCGGUGAAGUUUGACGCUCAAGACUUCUUGGCCAACGAGGACAUGAUCAUGAGAGUCGACCCUUCCUCUGAUCGAGCCCUGAAAAGGAGACUCACUGGCCGUGAAGAGCUGGAUGCAGAGAACUUGUCCGACGACAUGUCGAUGAGUGCUCCAUCUAAGCGUCCUCGUCUGGGUGAUGCUGCUGCGGGUGACGCUUCCUCUCACGUUGGAGCGUCCGAAGAUGAACAAUCCGCUCGCCGGUGA